AUGGAGCCGAAUCAUCUAUGGGUGAAAGUAAUAAAAGCUAUACAUCAUAGUAAUAGGAAAAUAGUAUCCAUACCGGUAAAAAAGACUUUAACGGGUGUGUGGAAAAACAUUGGGGAAAUUGGGAAAGAAUUCAUGAAAUACAAUGUUGAUGUCACGAAAAGUCUGAAGAGUAAAGUCGGGUUGGGAGAUAAAACAAUGUUUUGGGUCGAAACAUGGUUAGGAAAUGAACCACUGCUGGUUCAAUUCCCGGGUCUUUAUCAAUUGGCACUGAACAAGAAAGCACUAGUAAAGGAUUGCUAUCGGGUAAAUAACGUGGGAAAGAUUUGGGACUGGGGUUGGGUGAGGGCACCGAAUUGUGAAACAGAAAUUCAAGAGAUGAACGCCUUGAAUACAAUGUUGCAACAGCAAUCAAUAUCACUGAAAGAAGACGAAUGGUUCUGGAAGAAUAGCGAGCAGGAAGGUUUUACUGUAAGAGGUGUGAGACAAUCUUUAGCUUCACAGAUUAAUCUAAACGAGCAGGCAAAUGAAUUUGUGUGGAACAGAUGGGCAACUGCCAAAAGUGUGAUGUUCGUAUGGCGGGCAGUAGACGGAAGAAUACCAACCGCAACGGCAUUAAGGGAAAGAGGCAUGGUUCUAACCGAUUACAACUGCAAGUUAUGUGGAGCUGCUGAAGAAACUGUAUCUCAUUUGUUAUUGCAGUGCAGUUUUGCAAAAGAAAUAUGGGAGAAGAUUGUAUCUUGGGUUAAAAUACCCAUGUUCACGGCGGGUAAUUUAAGAGAAUUAAUGCAGGAGCUGCAGUUUUUACAAAGAAGUCGGUAUAUAAAAAAGGCCAUACACACCAUCGCAACGCAAACUAUAUGGAGUAUAUGGAAAAUUAGAAAUGAAAAGAUCUUUAGAGGCAAAUCGGGCGCGAUCCAAACGACAAUAGAAGAAAUCAAGGAAGCAACUUUCCAAGGGGUGAAGUUGAGAUCAAAAUUCAAGAGGAUUAGUAGGCAAGAGUGGUGGGAUUUUAAUGUAAUAUUAAGUUGA